CUUGCCGCAAAGCAUUGUGGGUCCAGUACGCUGUGACGCCAUGACGGAUGUAUACCAGCGGGAGCAGAAAAUUUAUGUUUCCCGUCCGCGUGGUAGACUCUAUAUGCUUCUCAGGAGGCGUUAAAUGACUCCGACCUAAAACUUCCUUAUUUUCUUUGAAGGCGAUUUAGAACGACAAUGAACCGGUCGUUGUAUUCAUUUUCUGCUACGGCGCCAGCUAACGUCAGUAGCUAAAGUCAAUUGCUAACAUUAGUUAGCAAAUGAGGCUAACGCGACGGCUAAUAUAUAUAUUUCAAACUAAAUUCAACUGAAAAACAGCUGCUGAGUCGAUACGGGCUACCUGCCGAUAAAGGUAUGGCCUGGUUUUGACUGGGGGCUGCUGGUGAUGGCAGAGGGCAGCAGUGCUGGCGAAAUGCGCACCUUUGACCCGAGCCAUAGCUCUGAAGCAAAGAAGAGACAUAUUUCUUUUGAUGGCGGAGAAGAGCCAAUGAGGAAGAUGCCCGUGUCACAGUUUGGUUCGCGACCUCGAUUUGAGCCUGUGCACUUUGUUAGUGGCGGCAGCAGCGGGGGAGGAGGAGGACGAAGUGGCCCUGAUGAGAAGGAAAACGAUAAGCAAACCAGAAGGAGUGAUUUGCAUGGUUGGCGAUACAGGGAAUAUGAACACGCUUCCUACAGCAGCACUGGCAGAGCAUCAAGCACCUCCCUCAGGCCUGCUUUUGAUAGAGUGCCAUCUCACAGCUUUGACUCUUGGGCUUCCCGUAGGGGUCGAGACCGGGACAGAAAUAAUGUUCCCUCCGGCGGCCUUGCUGGCUUAGGCUACGGAGGUCGUGGCUUGUCAUCAAAUUUCAUGGAAAAAAUGCAACGAAACUAUACAAACAAGUAUGAGGCCCAUACCUCUCGCAACACAGAUUCCUACUCGCAGCCAUACAGGCACAAUGGAUACGGGGGAGGAAACAGAUCAGUUGGCUGGGACUGUGGACGUCAGGGUUUGGGGUACAGCCACCAGGACCGCCCUCAUAAUCGAGUGUACAGCAGCCCUGCCACCGCUUAUCCGGGGGCUUUGCCGCAGCCCCUCCAUAUCAACCAGGCCACGUUAGUCGAAAAGCAGAGGCUCGUCGCAGGUCUGGCAUCCGCGUUGGCGGCCUCUUUUUGGGACCCUCAGUACGCAACUGGAACGGAGGCUCCAAAUUACAGUUUCAUGUUGAGCCGCAGCAUCCAGGCCUGCAAGACCAACCCUCAAUACAUUUACGUCAACCUGAAGGAUAUCCCUCAUUCCGACCUACCCAAGAACCGCAAAGUGCCGGUGGACGGCUACGCCUGCGAGCUGAGGUGUCAGGGAGUCUAUCUGGCCACGGGAUACUCAGGCAGUAAAAACGGAGCGAGGGACCGCGCCUCCGAACACGCCGUCAAACUCUUCAUGAAGCCCGUCGAGGUGUGUGUGGUGUCGCGUAAGUACAGGCACACAAUGCUCAAUGAUGUCGUCGUGUGCCAGAUUAACUGCCCUAUCCCCACCUUCACGCCUGCACUUUGGAACCCGGAAAACAUAGGUUAUCCCAGUUUUAAGGGCCCCUACGAGCCUGACAUGAGCAAGCACUGGACUGAGUUUGUGGUCAUGGAUAACGCCCAGGAUGCCAUAUGCAUUCUCAACAAUUCUGCCGCUUUCAGUCACAUGAAGGUGGACUAUAAAUUUGAGCAGCUGCCCAACGGCUCCUGGCUGUGUAGCGUCUACGUGCAGGAUGAAAUGGUGGCACAGGCCAGCGGCACCAAAAAGAACUCCAAGCAUGCCGCAGCAGCUGAGGCGCUGGCAAAGUUGCGCAUGAACCAGGCGGAACGACAGCACCAGCAGCAAGCGCCUCAGCACACAAGGGGAAAUCAGCAGACAGAGUCGUCCGGUGGGCAGUUCGGCAUGAAAAAGAAGCAGCUGAGCGAGCUGGUCAUCUUGGAGAAUUCAGACAACGCUGUGUGCAUCAUAAACGACACGGCUCAGUUCAACAAGGUGACAGCCGACUACAAGUUCAUCUGUUUGCCUGAUCAUCGCUGGAGAUGCGAAGUGUACUUGGAAGGACAAUAUGUCGCAGCAGGCGUGGGAGCCAAAAAGCAGGUGAAGCACAUCGCGGCACAGGAGGCCUUGGCCACUUUGAGACAGACGCAGGCCGUGGUCAAGUCCAACCUUAGAAAGGAGGGUCACAACGAUGCCAUAUCUCGUUCCCAGAUCCUGGGUCGCUCAGGCGAGGAGGCCACGAGGCAGAAGAUAAAGGAGGACAACAUUGGGAACCAGCUGCUGCGCAAGAUGGGCUGGACAGGAGGAGGCUUGGGCCGAGAUGGAGAAGGUAUCGCCGAGCCCAUCAAAGUCAAGGAGCAGUUCUCGAGGGAGGGCUUGGGUAUGGACACAGACAAGUUAGGGAGCCAGCUCAGCAAACGGGACAUCGAGGACAUCAUUCGAAACUACGUCAGCUCGGACCGACAGGACGACCUGCGCUUCUCCACCGACCUGACCAACGACGAGCGCAAGCAGAUCCACCAGGUGUCCCAAAAGUAUGGCCUACGGAGCAAGUCGUACGGACAGGGCAGGCAGCGCUUCCUCGUUGUCAGUCGCAGAGUGGACACUGAUCAGCUCAUUGGCCAGCUACUGCAGGAAGGACAAGUGGGUCGCUACGAACUGGUCAAACCUCAGGCCUUUUACUAAUUUGCAUGUCAACUCCAGAUGCCAGCUUUGACUUGCGAAUAAAUCAAGGGUGUAACAAAUCCACAUUCACGAUUUUGACUCUUCAAGUCAGGCCUGGACGGUUCCUGCAUUCCUUUCCCAUGAGAUGUCCUCAAUCUUUUGAAUGUGUUUUCAUGUCACCUUUACUUUUCCAUAAGAUUCUCUACAGUGUUCUGAUGAGUGUCAAUAUUUCCUUAAGGGCCUAUUUCACUGGCCUGGAGACUAUGGCGACUCGAGUCUCCCCGACAUCUGGAGAAUAGCUGGGUCACCAAGGAGUUGCGGUGAAAUCAAUUUCAUUGGAGACUCCUCUGUACGCUCCCUAUCGAGAAAAAGCUUAACAUUGAAAAACUGCAAUCAGUUGUCACAAAAUGUGUGGAGAUCUGUACAUCUGCCCACUUAAACCUCUAAAAAUAUCAGAAUGAUCGCCUCAAUAUUUUGAAUUUUAUGGUCGUUAAAGCAUUCAUAAUAGAGGACUGCCCCGGCAUCCAUGCUCAGGUGGUUAAGCGUGGAGGAUGGUCAACGAAACUUUGGGACAUGCCGCCUAUUUGAGAGUUGAACAGCAAAAAACUGAAUACUUAGGUCACUAAUAGUGAGUUAAGUAUUAUUUUCUUUUGCUGUCGAACUCUCAAAUGGAGAGCAAGUUCCUUCCGCAACCUGGACACAACAAGCACUGCGCCUGCCGCACAUUACUUGUUUUUCUUAGAAUGUUUUUAUAACUGUGAGAGUUCAAAAUUGAAAUCAAGAUUGAAAUUCGAUGAAUUGCCCAGCCCAUAUGUUAAAUGAAAAUGGUUUUGUCUGAAUUGCGAGCUGUUUUGAAGACCCUUUGUCAUUGUUAUAUUUUGGUUCUUAAUACAUUAAAUGUUUGAAGAUACUUGCUGAAAACGUGCAAAGACAGAACAAAGAAGUACUUUUUUGUUGAGAUAUAUCAUUAAACAGUUUUUCCACAA